UAAGACAACAUGGAGAAAAACCUUUGAAAAAUUUAAAUGUAUUCUCCCAUGGUGAGGCUCAGCCAUUGCACUCUGGAAGGCGCUGACCUAUGCGAUUUCUCUAAAUGUGGGAAUCUCGACUGCAUGAUUUGAGGUUCUCCCCUGACUAACUGGUUCAUUCACUCCGCCAAUGAACCGAGCUGAUCGUGAAUGGACGUUGGUAAUAACUGUUCCUCAGAAUGUGUAACAUGGCUGAAAAGCCAUCUCAUGCUUCAGGAUUCCUCACUGUAGGACCAGCAGGAGGGCGACGGCUCUUAAAAUGAUCUUAUCUGCAGUGCUUUAACCUGUCACUGUGUUCAGCCCCGCUUCUGCUGUCCAGAAAUAUCAGCUGAUGCUAUUAAUCUUUAACAUCUUUAGAGAAAACAUCUCCAAGUGUCAUGUGAGAAACUGCUCUUUACACUCAGCCGGAGGAAACUUUAACAGAAACGCCACCAUCAGAGAACAAGAGGAGGAAUAAAACAGCCGUCUGUGAGUAGAAGAAACGAGCUCCACCAUGUUUACCCGCUGGUUACCCUUCAUAGCGUUUCUGACCGGCUCAGUGACUCCGGGAAGCUCGGUGACUUUUCCGUCUACCUGCAGGCUCAAAGGUGAACCACUGCAAGAGAUGAUUUUAGCCUGUGGAGACGGAAAACUCCAAGGUGUGGUCCAGUUCUGGCACACCCCAUUUGGUGACCUCCAGGGUUCUGGUUCACAGCCUCAUCUGGGCCCUGUGUUUAUGGACCAUGAUGGGAACCUUGUUAUCCCAAACUCCAGCGUCCAGCACAGCGGACUGUACUACUGCGUCCAGCGCCACGGCCAGGGAUCCACGCUGUGGCCUUACGAGCUUCAUGUGGGUCCGGGCAACAUGGAGGACGGGCAGCGAGGCGACGGCUGCGCUGCUCGCAGGUUCAGGAGGAACGCGGGUUUUCCAGCUGAGAGGGAAGCCGUGGUUUCAGACGGGAUCUUUGCAGGAGCCGUGGCCGCAUCGGUGCUGCUGACGUUUGUGGUCGGAUUCAGCGCUGGAGCUCUGUCACGAACUCCUGUCCUCAGAUGUCUACAGGCAGUCAGCGUGAGGCUGUCACCAAAGCAGCGCCGCCGCCAACCUGACGUCCCAGACGACUCUGGGUUAACCAUGACCCCCCGGCCACCCGUGGACGACACCCGGACCUUUGAGAAGGCGCCGACGCGGCAAUUCUCUCCGGCCCGCAGAACUUCAGAGGCGCCAGAUCCACUCACAACCCCGUCUCCGCCCGCCAAACCCAAGAGAAGCUUCCGCCAGAAAGACGAGGCAGAACCGGAGGGCGCGGCGUACUUAGAGGGAUGUGAUUACAACCGAGUGGAGGAGACAGAAGGAGGGGGCGACGGUGAGGCAAAGGAGGAGGAAGAGACGAGACUCUCUUUCUACUCACUAGAAGGUGAAGGGAGUGAGACGGAGGACAGACAGGUGGAGGACAGAGAGGCGAGCAAGGAGAAGGUGGACGUAGCAGGGGAGCAUAGCAGUGGAGAGGAGGAGGAGGAGACGAGUGACGAAGAGGCUGGAGGACCAAAAACGGUUGAGUGUGAGGAGUUUGAGCACGCACCUCCAGAAACAGACGACGGGAGAAGCAUUAAAAACGAGCGCGACACCACAGAGGAGACGGCCGACGAGGCGGCGUCUUGUUCUCCCCGCCGCCGCGGCCGGGUCAUCCGUUUGUACCAGUACGACGAGGACGGCCAGAUGUACGGCCACCUCCCGGAUCCGGCCCCCGAGCCUCCAGUACCUGCGCCCAGACUCAAGCAGCGCUCCCUGUCUCUAACGCGGCUGAACGCCAUCAUGGCGGCGGCCUCGGCGGGGCCGAUGGAGCGGGCGGAGUCGGGGAAGGAGCAAGGCGAGGAGAUGCCACGCUUCCACAUGGAGAUUUAAGACGACCGUUCAGUCCGGAGACGGCGCUGCUGUUGAGGCGCAGCUUCAGAGACUAAUGCGCCGUUUGCUGUAAAAUAAGCAACUAUUAAGGGAUAAAUGCGGUAAAUUCCAACAAUGUUAUAAAUGUCUGAUAAUUUAAAUAGGACUGCAGCAUAUUAAUUAAAUUCAUGGCAUCAUGAAGUCAUUAAAAGGGCGGGUUGCACCUGUAUAGAUGAUACUUUUGAUUUCAGAAUUUCAUUUCAAUUCAUAGAAAUAUAAAAAAAGU